AUGCUCUCAUCCCUGCUCAACUUGAAGAACUCUGGAAAGUUGACCAACUUGGUGUAUACUGAAAAAACUGGCCGGGUUGUGUACCAGCCAGAGUACAUCAGUUUUGAGGAACUGCUCAAGGUCUUCUGGGAGAAUUAUGACCCGACCCAAGGUAUGCACCAAGGCAAUGGCUAUGGCACCCAGUACCAAUCGUCAGUCUAUCUCAUCUCCAAUGCACAGAUGGAAGCAGCCCUGAGAUCCAAGGAGGAAUACCAGAAGGUCCUUUCAAAGAGUGGCUUUGACCCCAUCACCACUGACAUCCAAGAGGGCCAGGAGUUCAACUGUGCUGAAGACUACCACCAGCAGCACCUGAGCAAGAACCCAGAUGGCUACUGUGGCCUUGGGGGCACUGGAGUGUCCUGCACAAUGGCCAUUAAAAAAUAAUUUCUCUCCAAGAAGUUGGCCCUGGAGGUUACAGCAAAACCAUGGUUGCUGGAUGGAGUGGCACUGCUGUGAAUCACAUCAGUCGAUUUCCAAAGAGCGCACAUCACACAGAAAUUUACAUUAAUC